AACCAUGAGCUACGAGGAGGUGAGGAGGACCACGUUUAAGCUACACACCGACAUGAAGGCCGCCACACCUGUACACCCGCGCCUCCGUGUCUCCUUCAGUUUCAGGAUGUUCACGGAAGUAACGCCGUCCAAGGUUCAGGAUACCAAGGAACUGAGACAACUAAGUCGGUGGGCCAGGGGGGAGGACCCCCUCCCUCACAUCCUUAUAAUAGGCUACACACCAUGGAUGUUGCAACAUAUGAUGAGGAGUUACACCUUCGACGUGCUGGAGGUCAUGAGAGAGAUGCAUCAACAGGUCGUGCCUCUCCUACACCAGAUCGCUCAGAGGACGCGGGUGCUGGUGGUGUCUCAGGGUCGCUGCAGGGAGCACAGUAAUACUGGAAAAAUCUAUAACAAGAGAUCAAUGUUCGGUGAUGCGACCUUCGACUGGAGCGAGAUGUUGUUCCAGUAUUAUCUCCGUCAGUAUGAAGACCACCACCUUUCUCCCGCCCCGCCCCACGUCUCCUACACCUCUCCAACACCCAUCACUGGGUCUCUCCAGCAACUCCCCUCCGUCCCCCAGGGUCCAGCACCCAACACUGUGAGACCACAAACUACCAGGAGCAUCAGAGACCAUCUAGACCCCAGAGAGACAGGUGGUGGAGUGUGGUGGUGGGACACUGGUCUGCCGCUCAACCUGGCGGGGAUCAGUGAGUGUGAGGAACUGUACCGUCAAGGGCUGGUGGACAACUCCGUGUACACCAGUGAACACCUCAGGUGCAGAGACGACCAUCACGUAGGAGAGGACGUGCUGGCUGACCAAAUAACCAUGUUGUUUAACCUUAUGUGUAAUUCUAUCAUGCAGCCACACACGAGUGUUUGUUGUCACUGAAGAGGUAGUUAGAUCUUGGUCAUAGCCUCACGCUGCAGUGACUGCCGCCGCUAAUGACUCACAUUGACGCAGAUAAUGAGUAACAAAUGUUAUCACUAUUCUUUGUGUAUGAACCUCUGUCCUGCGUGACAGUGAGAAGUGAUAUCACCCUCAGUGUCAAGACCUGACUGAAUUACACAGAAUAGCCAACUGUACUACAAACUUGCCAAUAAAUUUGUUAAACUAAAAAAUUAAAAAGAAAAAUGAUAGAAAUGUUUUGUAAGAACGUAGGAGGAAGUUAAUAAACUUUGGGAGAAACAAA